AUGGGAAAAAAGAAAUGGGCAAAGAAACAAACCGGUGAGAAAACCCCUUCAACCCGCAGGGAAGAAACCCCAGAAUCGCAUCCACCACUUGGAGAGCGGCCGCCGAACCCGCAACCACAGGAGCCGAUUCCUCAGGCUCCGGCGAUGGUUUCUUUGAACGCACUGGCGGAGUUCCUCAGACAGCAGGACCCGAAUAGAGAUUGGGCGACUGCGUUGGCAGGUUUUAGCCAAGUCGGGGGUAAAUUGAGCACAACCGGAGAAGCCCCGGCAGUACCUGCAGCAGAACCGAUCGUGCAGCCCAUAGUACAACCACCCACUUCCAUUCCGAUUUCCUCAGCAAUUCCACCAGAAAGAGAAUCUCCCUCGGCGACCACACCGCCAGAGCCCUCGGAACCCUCCCAAACUCCACAACAAAGUGACUCGAUGGAUAUUGAUCCCAUCUCCGCCUACUACGAGUCUGACUCAAGGGAACUGCAGAGAGGAGAAUGA